GAACUCAAGAGUACGAUUAAUCAUAACCUUUUUUUUAAAAAGAGUCUAAUAUAAUCGAAUACAGCGAAAGAAGAAUGCCACUUCGAAACGUUCAUCUGCCGAGCUGACACUAAGAAUGGACCGUUGCAUCUUUGCUGUGAUACUUGUGAUAACUAUCGCUUUCUCGUACCCUUCUGGAACACAUGGCGCCUUUUCGGAUAUACAGCGUCGGGCAAAGAUGUUUUGCUCUCUGGCAUUUUUCAACGACGCAGAAGACACGAACUGCGAUGUUAAGGGUGUAUCCGUUGAGGCCACUGAUUUUGUUCAGUCUGGUACGAAUUGUGUUAUAACGAAAGACAAUGUCGAUCGGAGCUUUACCUGUAAGACUGGUAUGUGGUACGACGUGCCCACAGGAACUCCGAAAUUAAGAGUGAAAAGGGGAUGGCUGAGGCGUCGUCGUCGCAGAAGAUAUACUCCUCCUCCUCCGCCACCAAACAGGCCCCCUACGAUCACAUGUCCUACCGUCAAUAGUGAAUAUAGUGCAGAUUCCCGAACAAAAGUAAAAACGGUGACAUGGGGCACUGCAACAGCUACUGACCCAGAGAACAACCCUGUAACGAUUACACAGACACACGGCUGGGUGAGUGGAUCACUAUUCACUGAAGGGCAUUACUCCCUAGGCUACAUAGCUAAGGACAGCUAUGGUAACGCCGACGUUUGUUCCGAACAAUUUGAAAUUAAAGUGCGACGGUGCACACGCAUGCCCCCGAGACCUACUAAUGGGGAAAUUUCUUGCGAACCUGAUUGGUACGACCCACUGCUCGGAAGUACUUGCUCAUUUUCCUGCGACGAUGGAUAUUCAUUAGCAGGCAGCACACUACGAACAUGUCAGAGUGACGGAACGUUUGAUGGAAUACCGGCAGUUUGUUCCAAAAUCACAUGUCCCGAUCUACCUAUUCCCGCGAACGGGCAGGCAACCUGUAUAGAUGGCAAUAAUUACAAAAGUGUAUGCAUGACAUCAUGUCCGGUCCAAAAUGGGUAUGGCUCUGUAGGGACAUUUAUACUUUGUCGUUACGACGGAUCAUGGUCCGGCAGUCUACAGCCAUGUUAUGAUUUCCGAGCCCCUUACUUCACCGAAUGUCCACCAAGUCCAAUAAAAUCCUAUGCAGACAAAGGUCAGAAUUCCGCUUCCGUCACAUGGUCUUCGUUGAAUGCCACCGAUAACUCUGGCGAUGUCACCAUAGUGAGGACGUUAGGUGCGGCCCCAGGGAGUGAGUUUUCUGUGGGAUCCCAUUUGAUCAGCUAUGUGGCCCGUGACGCUAGUGGCAAUCAGUCUCCUACCACGUGCUCCUUCACAGUUGUUGUUGAACAACUGGAGUGUGAUCCUCCAAACGGGUUAUUUGACGAUGAACUUCUACAGGUAGAUUGUCCUGGAUCAGAGUACACAUUCGGAAUCGAGUGCAGUUUGUCUUGUGUCCGGAAUUAUACCAUUAUAGGAAAUACGACACUUACAUGUGAACGUGAGGGAACCACUACCAAAGCAUCAUGGGACUGGGGCGGAGGAGCUCAACCUGAAUGUGAUGAUAAAUGCCCUGUUCUCACUCCACCAAUUGAUGGCGCCCUCGUAUGCACAACGGCUGCUAACUACUACUGUCGACAAUCAUGUAAUGCUAACUCCGGGUAUCCUCGAGGUACGGUGGCUGGACAACUAUUUAUUUGUACUACUGAUCAGCUCUGGGAUCCCCCUGCGGUAGACGAUUGUACAGGACGAAAAGUUCCAGACUCAAAUAUUAUCAGUGGUGAGAUGCACUACUUUGUCGGUGAUUGCAACGACCCCGCUGUCCAGGAAGGCUUAAGAGCCAAUUUUAUUACAGUCCUGGAAGAUUUGAUCUCUGAUGGAUGGAAUAGUGUUUGUUCCUCAUCUGGCUGUUCCGUAGAUAAUGUCGAGGUAACCUGUGGUGCAUUAUCGGGAAGGAAAAAGAAAAGCCUCCGUGGGGUGCUGCAAGUAAAAUCAUUUGAACAUUCUAGAUAUCGACGUAGCUCCUUUGUCAUCAAAAUUGAUUUUAGCGUAACCUUUCCAUGGCAAAACGGUACAUCAGAUGAUGAUCUUACCGCCAAUGACAAUCUAUUAUAUGAUGUAAUGGCGACUUUAGAAGAAGAAGCAAAAAAAUCAGGAGGUCUAUUUGAGUAUGGAGGACUAACUCCCUCACCUGACAUCGUCACCGAUCCUUAUCCGAUGAUCACGUGUCCGACAGGCGAAAGUCCAUCGUAUGUCGGGGGUGGCGUUAACUGUGAGGGAUGCGCCACAGGGAAAUACUUUGACUCGGUGGUGGGCGAUUGUACAGUAUGUCCAAUAGGAACAUACCAGGACGAGAGUCACCAGACUACGUGUAAAGCAUGUCCAACAGAUAUGUCUACUAAAGACACUGGACGGAAGAAAAUAGGGGACUGUUUCCAGGUUUGUGGAGCUGGUACGUACUCUAACAAGGGUGUUAUUCCGUGUACUAAAUGUGCCAUUGGCACAUACCAGUCCGCCAAACACAGAACCGCAUGUACCAGCUGUGACGUCGCUAAGACAACCGUCAGCCGAGGAGCAGAAUCUUCCUCUGCGUGCAUAGCUUUUGAUGUUAUCUUUGGUUCGCCUGGAACAAAUAUUGCAUUUCCUAGCUUUACUGCAUCGCUGAAUGCAUUCUCGUUGAUGUUUUGGCUAAAAUGUCCGGCCGGGAGUGUCAUUACACCUACAAUCCACCUUGUAAACAGUAUAGCAACUGCGGAAGUACUGAAGAUAACCGAUUCGCAGACACUGGAAAUGUUUGGGACGGCGUAUACAAUCACAUUGGAUAACUGGAAGCACGUCACAAUCACAUGGGAAGAGACGACCGGACAGGCAAAGUUGCUGAUAAAUGGCGAAAAUAAUGCAUCUGUCGCUGUAACAGGAAAUAUAGCAACGGCUGGCACUCGUGUCGAAAUAACGUCGAACAACGGUUAUAUCGCCGACUGCAGACUGUCAGGGUUUCGGUUGAUGGACACGAAAAGAUCUGAUGCGCAGAUAAAGAACGAUAUGCAGACUUGUACUCCAGACGCCACUGGGGCUAUCUAUAGCAUGGAUAAUUUCAAGAACCAGGAUGGAGUUAUCUUGGAUACUCCUUCCAAAUGUGAUGUUGUUGAUGAGUGCGCCGCUCUCCCAUGUGGAGUACACGAUUGUGAGAAUCUGCUGAACACCUACAAGUGUAUUUGUAUGGGCGGUUACACCGGCGUCAACUGUGACACCGCGCCCGACUUCUGCCUAAAUAAUACUUGUAAAAACUCAGCCAUCUGUCAGAGUCAAGCCUGGAACUAUACAUGUCAGUGUGUCGGCGACUUCAGAGGGGAACUUUGUGAAGAAAAUAUAGUUCAUGGACAAUGGGCAAAAUGGUCGGACUGGAACCGGUGCACUGUUACUUGCAGUGUCAGUGGCAGUGCGGGGCAACAAAAUAGAAAUCGUACCUGCUCCGAUCCUCCGCCGGGAACAGAUGGAAACGAGUGCAGUGGAAGUGACCAGGAAGUGCAAGCAUGCAAUCUGGAACAAUGUCCAUCGUGUAAACCAAUUGAACUCUUGCUGUUGGGUGCAAGGAAAACCAUUACAGAUCACUGUGAGACGGAAGGGGACUACACUAGGUGUAAUCUAACUUGUGAAACAGGUUAUGGUUUUACAUCUUCAACCCCGCCUUUAGAAUAUUAUGAAUGCGGCCAAAACACGUCACACGAAUGGAAUAGUAGGCAACUACCGAGCUGUGGAUCCAUUAGGCGCGGUAGAAGCAUUACGAUUAGAACAUCGGCGACAUACACGGAUACACUAUCGUGCGGCAGUUCAACAGAUACAGCUCUGCAAUCGUCUGCAGGGAAUGCACAAUGCAUGCUCGACAGUACAUGUGACGUCACCGUGACUACGGACACUUGUGGUAAAAGGCGACGCAAGCGCACGACUGGAACGACAGUUGACAUGUCAUUCGUGUUCAAUCUGGAAAACAUCGGAGAUCUCAACUUGACAGCAUUCCUUGAGUCAAAUAUCAUAAGUGCAGAACUGCAGGCCUAUCUAAAUGUGCUGAGUGAAUCGGAUGACACAGCAGACCAAAUCAACAGCACAUCCGAGGCUUUCUUCAAUGUCGUCAUAAACGGCAAUACGUAUACCAUUGACCCUGAUACCUUUAUGAUUGAGAGCCAGACGACCUGUGACAACGGAAGCAUUGACGAUGAUGGAGGAUGUGUGGAAUGUCCGACCGGAACAAGACAAGAUGGAGCGUGGUGUGUGUUAUGUGAAGUAGGUACAUACCAGAAUGAGUCUGGACAGGCGUUGUGUAAACAAUGUCCGACUGGCUUUACGACUGAGUUCGUUGGGAUGUUACUAGAGGAGAACUGUUCAGUAAACCUUGAAACAACGACAGGAACAACUUCACUUUCAACUUCAUCUGCCACAUCAACAAUCACUACAACAACGACUGCAACUUCAACUACCACAACGCCAACAACUACCACCACUACGCCCACAACUACAACAACGACAACGCCUACAACUACAAUGCCCACAACAACCACCACUACGCCCACGACUACCACAACUGCAACAACGCACACCACUACAACUACCACGCCAAAAACAACGCCAUCACUAUCAACUGCGACAACCACGCCAACAACUACAACAAAAACGUCAAUAAAGCGGAAGUUUCCUCCGAAUGUGAAACAAUCAGAAGGUUUGACACUGGUAUCCAUUAUAAUGAUUGGUGUGCUUGCCACGUUGCUAAUCAUAAGUGCCGUCUUAGCAGGUGGAUUAUUUAUCUACAGAAAACGAAAACCCGUCAGAACAACUUCACCAACGGGGAACCAACACAGAGGGGACAUUAAUGUAAAUGUCAGACUACAUUCCAAUAUACCUAACACUGUAACAGUCGCUGAAGCAGGGUUGCCUCCACCAUACACAAACUCUCAAAUGCCACCCUGCCAGAAAGGAGCAUUACCACCUGAAUCCGUCUUUAUGAAGCCUUUACCACGGAAAUCGGCUUUUUGAAUACUGCUACCUCGAAUCCUGUGACCUCCUUUUGGUCUUAUCAUCCACACCAUUUUAAGAACAGAAAAAAUGAAAAGCUUCCAGACUUUUUCCCUGGUACAAUCACCUCCAAAACUGUUCUUCUCUUUUCGACCAGGUUUGGUGGAUAUAGAGCAGAUCCUUAAAAUUGUCACUCGUCAUUCUGAGCAACAACAGUCCCAUCCCUUGCAACUCUUCGCGUCCUUUAGGUUCUUUGGACACUCAGGAAUUCAUACAUAAAGAAGAAAAUUAUGCCAUCAGUGGCCUGUUUCUGAACGAACGAUCUUCAUGUUGGUAUCCAGCGUCACAUUGCAACAGAUGAGGCAAUUUGUGUCCAGAUAGAUAACCUGAAUAAAUAAAGGCGGAAACCUCUGGUUCGAUUCUCUUGCUUCCCGAAAAUAAGGAUGAAAAUAUAAGACAUCACCAUAUCCUCACGGCAGCACGUGGUUUCGCUGUGGACUGGUUUGUCCCUUGAGCCCGAAAAGUCUUACAUAGUUUAUCUACCUGGAAAUCACGCUAAAUCAUCGUGAAAUUCCGACCCAACGGCGUCAAAUUUAAGGCAGUCUGCUGUGUCACGUAGUGUGUAAAAACAUGGUUAAUUGACAUUGGCAAUCCGUUAUUUUUUCUUGUCAGAAUGCUUGUCAAGGAGAGAUACAACAUCAACCACCAUUGCUAAGUGGUAUUUGUAUUCUUUAUGGUUAUUACUUCAGUUGAUCUAUGAAAUUAUAGUUAUUAAUGCAUAGCUGACUAUUUUCAAAAGAUUUAACGUGUUGCACAUGCUGUCUAGUUUUGUAUUAAAAACUAUUUUUUCUUGCAACUGACCAUGACGCAUGGUCGGUUUUUUUUUAUCUAAGUUGUAUAUAUAAUAAAAUCAUGUUGUCUAUUUUGUAAAGAAAUGUUUAACUAGUAUUCAUAAAUGCUAAUUGAGAAAUGCCAUCAAAUAUACAGUAACUGGUUCUUAUAGAUA